AUGCUUGGUCUUGCUUCUGAUAAGUAUGUUCAGGCCUCAUUAGUUAAUGUUUAUGCAAAAGUGGGGUCGGUUCAGUUCGCACGCAAGGUGUUUGAUGCAAUGGAUGAGAGGGAUUUGAUUUGUUGGAGUUCAUUGCUUACGGGUUAUGUGCAGGCCGGAUUGGCGAUGGAUGCUUUAGGUUUGUUUAGAGAGAUGCAAUUGAAUGGGGUGAAGCCUGAUGGGGUGGUCUUGGUGGGGCUGCUUUUGGCUUGUGGGGUGUUGGGUGCCUUGGAUUUGGGCAGGUGGGUCCAUGCUUAUGCAGGGAAAAAUGGGUUGGGUUCCGAUGUUUAUUUGAGCAAUGCGUUGAUCGAUAUGUAUGCAAAGUGUGGUUCUUUAGAACGUGCACAAGAGGUGUUUAUGGCUAUGGGCGAAAAGGAUUUAUUUUCAUGGAGUUCGAUGAUUGCUGGUUAUGCGAUCCAUGGGUUGGGUGCAAAGGCUGUUGGGGCCUUUUGGAGUAUGGUAGGCAAUGGGGUGAGGCCUGAUGAGGUGUGUUUUAUUAGUGUUUUGGCGGCUUGUAGCCAUGCUGGGCUAGUCGAAGAGGGGCAGCGGUGCUUUGAGAUUAUGGUCUCGGAUUAUGGAAUUGAGCCCAAGGUGGAGCAUUAUGGGUGCAUGGUGGACCUCUUGGGGAGAGCAGGUCUCUUGCAAGAGGCCAUGGCCAUGAUCCAUAGCAUGCCCAUGAAGCCAAAUGCCAUUAUAUGGCGAUCCUUGCUCAAUUCUUGUAGGCUUCAUGGCAAUAUUGAAUUGGGCAAAUGGGUUCUUAAGCAACUGCCAAAAUUUGGGCCGGAGAGUGGAUCAGCCCAAAUUUUGAUGACCAAAAUGUAUGCCACUGCGGAAAAAUGGGGUGAAAUUCCUUCGAUUGGUUGCGGGAAACCUGCAAAAACUCCAGGGUGUAGUGUCAUAGAGUUGGAUGGUGAGAUACAUGAGUUUUUGAUGGGGGAUAAGGUGCACCCCAUGAGUGAGAAGAUAUAUGAGAAGUUGGAUCAAGUUAUGAGGGAACUGAGAAAUGUGGGUUAUGUUCCAAGUGUUUCAGAGGUUAUGUUUGAUAUAGAGGAAGAAGAGAAAGUGGGAGCAGUUGGAGUUCAUAGUGAGAAGCUUGCCAUUGCUUUUGGACUUCUGGAAACACCUGAGGGGAUGGCGAUUAGGAUCGUUAAGAACUUGAGGGUUUGUAGUGAUUGCCAUUUUGCAACUAAGCUCAUAUCAAAGGUUUUUAGGAGAGAGAUUGUGAUGAGGGACAAGAACAGGUUCCACCAUUUUAGAGAUGGGUCUUGCUCUUGCAUGGAUUUUUGGUGA